AUGAACCAGUUGGUUGCUCUGGCCAACUACCCUCCUGUGGACCUACCUACGAACACAUUUGCGACGGCCACCGAUUAUUUUAUGGCCUUGGCCAGGACACACAUGGCUCACCUUCGAACGCAACGCAACGAAGCAGUCGAAAAUGAGGCAGACUGUCGAAAGAAAUACGUCGCGCGCUGCUUAUUCCUCAAGAUUGCAAAGAGCUUUCCCAAUGUUCACGACAGAGGUCCAUUCAGAUUGAUCUGCGAUGGGCUCUGUCCUUCGAACGUCAUCGUCGACGAAAAACUGAACCUCCGUCGUGUCAUCGGCUGGGAAUUUACCUAUGCUGCUCCUGCCGAUUUCACAUACUGUUCGCCAUGGUGGCUCCUCUUGGCACAUCCAGAUGACUGGGAAGGCAGUCUUGAUGACUUUAUGACUCAGUAUCUCCGGCGACACGCGGCCUUUUUGCAGGCCUUGAAAGAGGCGGAAGACCAAGGGAUUCGGUGUGGUGCCCCCUCGGAAUCUCAGCGUUUAUCGGGAGAAAUGGCGCGGUCUCUGCAAAACGGAACGUUUUGGUUCUGUCUAGCAGCCACUUCGAGCUUUGCCUUUGAGGACAUUUACUGGCGUUUUAUCGAUUCGGGAUUUUAUGGGGAAUUCACUUGCCUUGAGGAGUGUAUCGAGUUGUUGGACCGCCGAGGAACGGGAGUCUCUGGAGGAAUUUGUCCGUCUCAAAGUACAACAGGCACAGGAGAGAAGGUUAGACGAAUCCUAUACCCUUGA